AUGGAGCUGUACCUCAGCGCCUGCUCCAAGGCUGCCAACGUCGCCGCCAGCAAGACGGCCUCCAGCGGCCUCGCCGAGGACAGCCAGCAGUGCGGAGACGGCGUGCAAAAAACCCACCUUCCGGGGGUCGGAGCGGCUCAACUACUGGAUCUGCCUCUUGGGGUCAAGCUGCCUCUGAUCCCAGGAAGCAAUACUUUAUUCUAUACUACGAAAUUAAGUGAAAAGCUUUUUCGACCUUCUUAUGGUUUUAACCUGACUGAUCCUUACUGUCACCUUUUGGAAAACCAAUAUAAAAGUCUCCAUGAUCCACACUUAAGAGCCUACCAUAAGCGUAAAGAUAUCCUGAGGAGAUUAAAGAAAGGUGGCUACAUUACCAGCAAUAAUAAAAUUGUAUGUACCUUGAGGGAAUUGAAUAAGUACAGGCAAUAUCUUACCAGUUUAAAAUUAGACUUUGAAAGAAACUAUAUAAGAGAACAAAAAAUGCUUUCAAAACAAGUGAAUAAACUGCAGGAAAAUAGUCAAAUACCUGGACAUUCUAAUGUUGCACAGUUUCAAAACUGGUUGUUGCAAGAAGGCACCCAGUCUGUUAAGGACCAGGAACGAUUAAUAAGGCAGAGAUAUUUGAAUAUGGUAAGUAGGGAAUUAGAACAACUUGAGCGCACAGCAGAAGAGCAACGUCUACUCCGGUUGGAUAGAGAAGAAAGAAGACAGCGGGAAUACACAAGAAGAAAACUUAACCUCCGUAGAAAAAUUGAAGAGGAAUGGAAGACAAAAGAGAUGUUACUCCUGAUGAGGAUCGGAGAAGAUGUUAAAAGAGAAGCUAGGAUAGAGGAACAGCGGCGUAGAAGCAGAGAAGAGAGUGACAGAAAGAAACAAGCCCUUCUAGAGAAAAAAAUGGCUUAUCAUUUACAAAAAAUGCAAGACAAUGGCAUUAAAAGAGAAGAGAUGAGGAAAAAUAUAGUUGAUUACAAAGAACAAGAUGGACCACAUUAUGAAGCUUAUUAUUCUCCAAAGAAGAAAAAGAAGAUUUCUGAUGACAUAAAGUUAGUUUACUCUGCUGGUGACCAGAAAACAAGCAAGGGAGCAUAUGGAUCCUCAGUAAACACUAUCCAUCAAUCUCCGAGUAGUUCUAAGAAUGUUGAUAAAAAGUCAGCACCUUCUAGUGCUUGUCAUCCAGAUGUACAAGAUAAUGAUACUGAACAAAAGCUCUGUAGAGAGAACAUGGAUCAGUUCUACCCAUUAAUGUUGACUGUUGUUCCAGAAAUAUUAUCUUCUCAUCUAUGUAAAAGUAUCUCUUUUUUUUCUCCAGGAGAUGUAUGUAUCUCAGCUCAAAAUUCAGUUAUUUCAGCUCAGAAUUCACCUACAAGAAAUUUUCCCAGACUGUCACACUCUUCAGUGGAUCCUCCAAAAAAUGAGAAGGAGAUAAACGCUGAUUGGAACAGAAAACCAAAGAGACCAAGCAACCUCUGUGAAUCAGGACCUCAGGCUCCUGCCACAGCCCAGGGUAUUUUCCCUUCUCGUGUUUUCUCAAAUAUACAACAGAACGUCCUACAAACUUGCUCGCAAGAAAAAGUAACGUCUGAAGAACUGAAUAGCAUAAUUCAGAAUAUAAUGACCUGGGUUGUGGCUACAGUGACCAGUAUAUUGUACCCAGCCAUCACCAAGUAUGAAGAAAGGUUGCAAAGUAAAGCAUACCCAGUGUCAGAUGACUCCAUCCUCUCUUCAGACAGUUCGAGUUUCUGCAGCACAUGCAGUGAAGAGUUCACAUAUGGAAGCUACACGUCUGCAGCAACUAAAACACUCCAGAGAGAGCCCUGCACAUGUGCCGUUGACAUAUCAGUAAGGCGACCAGCCACACCUUUAAAACCACCAUCUGCCAAUGUGGAAAGAACAGUUGUGGGAAAAACAUAUCACGUGAAAGGACAACCUGUAACAUCUGAACUCAAAUAUAAUAAAACCAGCACAAUAUCUACUUACCCUAAGCUCAGAAGUUGUAAAUCUGAUAGUCACCUAGCAUCAUUUGAAACAGGCACAAAAAAACUGAAGGAUGCUACCACUGAAACAAAUGGCUUAGAGAGUCCAUUGCUUUCUGAUCAAAAAGCAAAAACCGUGAAUGAAAUGAAGAAUUUGGAAAAUGUUUUUGUUAACUUUAAGUGUCACUUAAAGGGGGAAACUGAAUUGAUUUUGGAAAGCAUUUUUCAAGAAAUAAUAUCUGAUUUAACACAGGCCAUUCCUUCUAUUUCUUCCGUUACUGCCGAAGUUUUUGUUGACCAAAGUAAGCCUGAAAAAGGAGACUUGGUCUCCAAUGUUGAUAUCUGCUCAGUAGCUUCAGAAAUCGUGGAAAAUAUGCUUGAGAAGCUACAGUCUGCAGUCGAGAAAAAACGUGUCCAGAUGUUUUCACAAGAAGAUUUGUCAGUCAACAUUAAACCAGGCUUAACACCCAGUGGAGAAUCUCUCAUUCCAUCAAAUGGAAAAGUUUUAACAGCCUCACUGCCUUACACUGUGGAACCCAUGUGUGAUAUUGCAGAGGAUAUGGUGCAUGCCAUUUUAGAAAAACUGAUGACUCUUGCAUCUUACAAACAAAAUGAACUUCCUCAUCUUGAAGAUGCAACUAAACUUUCCCAUCAGCAAAAUAUGACAGACCCAAGAUGUAUGUUCCUUAAAAAAAUCAACAAAGAGAAAUGUAAUCCUGAACCUGAUGCAACUAAUUUAACUGUUAAAGAAGAAAUACAAAAUUUAAUUUCAGAUAUUUUUUCCCAGUCCUCUUUAGCUGGCUACAUAGAGGAAGCAGUCAGCACCAUACUAGGAUAUGUACAAACUGAACUUAAUAAUGAGAGACUUAUUGCAUCUGACGAAACAGUAAUACUCCUUCAGCUACUCGACGAUAUCUUCACUCAGCUACACCAGAAACAAGUAAAAGUAGAUGAUCAAAAAUGUAGACACUCUAGACUGAGAAAUCCUUCUGAAACUGAAGAAAAGUACAGACUCACUGGCACUAGAUUAUCGACUGGCUCUAGGUCUGGAAGGCCACUCCCACCUAUUAAUGUUCCCGGCAUGGUCCUUUAUUCUGAAGAUGAUAAUGAAGAAAUAGAUAAAAUAGUGGAAAAUGUGCUUGCUUCUUCUUUCAAAGAUGAACAAGCAAAAUCACAAGAACACAUUCCUGCGCAUUGGUUUACCAAAGGUGACACUUGUCUUGAAUACAAAAGAAAUAGCAAACUGCCUACAAAGCCCACUUCUCCGAGAAGCAAAGUUGCAUUCUGUGAUCAGAGGUUAAAGGCUGAGCUACCAUCUUUUAAGAAUAAAGAAAUGUUAAAAGAAAAGCCCUGUUUGAAUAAAGAAAUUUUGUUCAGCCAAGAUCAAAAGUAUCAAAUACAAAAGGCUUCAGAAAACAUAGUUAAAAGUAUUUUAACAGAAAUGCUCAAGGACAUACCUUCUGUUCAUCCUGGUCACUUAGACAGUAAAACUGACAAUGAAGCUUCAGUUCCUGUUUCAGAAAAAACUCAAGGACUAUCGCAUCAAGAAUGGAUGGCCCAGAUGUUUUCUGUGUCAGAAAUUAGUACAGUGGCUCAAGAAAUAACAGAUGCUGUGUUAAAUAUACUUCAUAAGGCAAGCUGCUUUCCCAGUACCACCAAAAGUUCCAUUUCAUCAUCAGUUCAUCAAAAUAUUCUCGACAGUUCUGACACUCUCCAUCUGGUCAAAGCAGCACCAAAUAAAAAGCCCCUAAAAAUAUGGUUUGGCAGUGAAAAGAAAAUGAAAUAUUUAUCUUCACUUGAUGUAGAUCCUACAAAGCCUUCCCUGUUACAAUCUGAAGAAACUCAACCUAAACCUGUAGGUGACGUUAUUGGUAAGAUCAUUGAUACAGUUUUUAAAAGGCUGAAGUUACUAGUUUGUCCAAAAUUGCAAGUGGGCUAUAAACCUUCAUCUACAGGUCGGUCUUCAUUACAAUCUGAACUUAGUACUUACACAACAAAAGUAGUAAACAUUGUUUUGCAUGCUAUCCAGAAUGAACUGAAAUGCAAUAAGAAAAACCUAGAUCUUAGGGAAACAGACCACACCAAAUCCCUUACAGAAAAAGGAUUUUUUGCUGACACUGAUGAAUUAGAAUCUGUUGCCUCAAAUCUAAAUGAUGACAUUAUGGCAUAUCCAUUAUUAACUUGUAUUUGUGAAAUGUUAUCAAGUGGACGUUCAGAUCAAAGUGAUAUUUCACUCCCUUCAGAUAAUCCAGAGCCUACAACUUCAUAUGGAUCUGACAAUGUUGAUAAACAGAACAUUUUGCCAAGUAGGCAGGAUAAAAAAUCUUUUUACAAAUAUUUAUCUACUCCAUGUGCUCUCCAUAGUGUCUUUAAUGGAGAAGAUCCCAAAGAGAAUUCCAGACUGCAGGUGUUAGACAGCAUUGGGGAAACACUGUAUGAAAUGUUAUGCAAGCUAAUAGGAGCCCCCUCUCACUGUCAGCCAUCUGGUAGUCAGCUAAACGAAGAGAAGAUCAUGGAGCAUCAGCAAACAGCCACUGAACUGCAGUCUAAUAUUCAGCUCAUUUCUGCAACAAUUUUGGAAUAUAUCCUUACAAAAUUAUGUAAUGUUGACAUGGAUACUAGUGUUGUAAGUUCUGGAGUUAAAGCUGUCUCAGAGUCUCUUGAUAUUGACAGCCUAUCAUUUGCUUCAAUUAUUGAGGAAAUGACCAAAUGCACUGACAUAAUCUCCAGCAUAAUUUCCAGGAUGGUUCAGAAGGAUAAUAAAGAGAUGACCAAAAGCAAGGAAAAAACUAUAGUGUCUGUGUCUUCCAGAACAGGGCGUACAAAAGAAGUACAUUCAAAUAAACUGAAAGCUGUGGCUUCAGAUAUUCUUAAUACGGUUUUUGCUAAACUGGAAGGGUUUGCCAGUGGAAGUUUAGAAACUAUGGUUUCCAUUAAUGAUGGAAAUGAAAAAAGCAGUAAGAUGGACUUGGCAUGUGAAAGUCCCCGUGUUUUCGCAGACACACUUCAGUCUGCUUUAUACAUGCAGGCAAAGAAGGUAUCAAGUACUAUUUUGAAAGCUAUUCAAACAGAAUUAAAUAUGAACUCUUUAGAUUUGAAGACAAGGGUAAAAACCACACCACCUGAGAAACAAACACUUAAAAAUAUAAUCAAUUUAAUUUUAGAUGGACUAUCCUCAGAUAUGUUUAAUGAAACUGAAUCUGAAGAGAGAGGCCCUGAAACUUACCGGUACAGGCCAACCUAUGGAAAUUUUCUUCCUGGCGGAGCUGAAUCAGAUUCAUUUCUAGAAGAUACUGCAAAUACAGAGAAAGAAUUCACUGGAGAGAGAACACCACUAAGAGAAGAAACUAAAUCAGAUUCUCUUCAACAAUGGGUUCUAGAAAGGACUUUAAACAAAAUUGAAGUGAAACUCAAAGAACCACAGAAAUCUCCAGUCAUUCCCAUUAUAAGAAACAUUUUGAAUGAAAUUUUUCAAAGUGCUUUGGUCAGUCAGUUAAAUGUGCUCUCUCUCUCCUAUUCAGGUGGCAUCCCUCAGACUGUCGAUGGGCCAGUUGCUCAAACAUCUGUUCAAUGUAUAGAUAAAAUGAUGGGUCCUUUCGUGUCUGAAGCAGACGUAACUGUAGUGACAGAUGAUGUUGUUAGAACUGUGUUUCAUAAACUUUAUUCAGUGACUAUGACAGAGAGAAAUGCAAGUGAAAGUAGGUAUAAAACCAUCACCUUUUCAGCAGAUGUUUCUUUUCAUGACCACAGCUUCGGAGGAGGAAAGCCUUCCAUUACAGUGCCGGACAAGAAUCCAUCCACUCUUCAGUCCAAAUUCAGUGCUGACAAACAGGCUAAAGUAAACAUAGUUGAAGAUAUUGUACAGGCAAUAUUAACAAAUUUAGAAGCUUUUGCUACUUCUAAAGUAAACUCUCUCUUUUUUCCCCAAAUAAACUUCACAGUUCCAGUGGCUUUCCCUAUUCAGCAGGAUAAGAGUACAGUAAGCAAAGCAUUUUCAGCCAAAGAUUUGUAUUCUGAUGAUCAAUUUUCCUGUUGCUCAGUGUAUCAUAUUAUGUCAGAAAAGACCAACUCAUCAUGUCAACUCUCUCUGAAUAAACUGAAUACAUAUGCAACAGAAGUGGCCAGAAAAGUUUUACAAGGAAUCAAACAUGAAUUAGAUAAAGAGAGGGAAAAUCCUUUCUUAACUAGUAACAUUGUGGUUUCUGAAAGUAUUGCAAGUCAGAUUGUUAACACAGUGUUAGAUAUUAUAUCAUCUAAAGGAAAAUGUGACGACAACAAUUCUGGCAAAGAGACUGAUUCAGAUCAGCAAGAAGGUAUUGAAAAGCUGUUUAGUAAGACUGCAUAUCGACAGGCACUUCAGUUUCAAAUACAGGAUACCAUUGAAAGUAUCUUAUGUGAUAUUUAUGAAAAGACACUGUAUCAAAAUAAUCUCUCAUUUGCCACGCCUACUUUGAAAUGUAGCAUAGUUGGUAAACAUUCCAGAGCAAAUUCUGAAAUGUCCAUUGAGGGUGAAAAUCAGCUUCUUCCAAAACAUUCAGUUCCUAAAUCAGAUGUUACUUUGAUAUCCAAUGACAUGGUGGAUAUUGUUCUUCAUAAUCUCAGUUCUCCAGUCAUACUUGGCAUAAAUGCAAAAGAUUCUACUUCUGCAAGAUUGCCCUUAACCUUUUGUGAUAUGUUUCCAAAAGCAGUGUGUCAACAGCCUCUUUUUAUGGGUUCAAAAAGUGAAAGAAAAACAGAGUAUUUUCCAUCUUCAAAAAAUCUGAAAUCAGCUUAUGCUAAUGAUAGUCAGAUAACUGUAGGAGAGAGAGGAGACACCAAGAAAUCUGUUCCUGACUCAUGUGAGGAAAAUGCUGACUUUAUUACUAAAACUAUUUUCAAUCGGUUAGAAUCAUUUGCCACAGAAAGAAUAGAUUCGUUAAUUAAUCUCACUUUCCAGACUAAAGAAAAGUCACUUAUGAGCCCGGAACUGGAAAACUGUAAACAAGAUGACAGCAUCUUUCAUGAAUCAAGCCAGGGGGAAUCAAAUGUGAAUAUUCUGAAAAUAUCAACUGAAACUAUUCUCGGCCAAGAGCUCACAGGUUCCACUUUUGCCAGUUACAGAGAAAAACUUGGAUCCAUAAUUCACCUAUCACAAUCUAGUCUUAAGGAAUAUGCUGAUUUCAUUGCCAGUGCCAUUUUGAAGCUUAUUAAAAAUGACUUAGACCUUGAAAUCCAAAAGAUGCAUCCACAUCCAAACAACAUUUCAUUCCAAGAAAACAUCACUGUGAGUGAAAAUGUCAGCAGUAUCUUAAAGAUUUUAUAUGAUAAAAGAUCUUUAAAGGAAAUUAGUUUUUACUCAAAAGACAAUCCUAACUUACUUUCACAACUAACUGUAUCAAAUGAAGUAUCUCUGGGACAAAGAGAUAAGGAAAAAACAGACAAACUACAUCUGUUUUCAGAGUAUCUAUUAGAGCAAAACCAAAUGGCUUUGGAAACAGAAAGCCAGGUAAUUGUUUUGGAAGAAAUAUUUAUGAGAAAUGAAGAAUCAAAACAAAAAGAAAGAACUGCAUUAUUCAGUGCAGUGGAAGAAGUUUUAAAUAAAGUGCAUCAAAGAAUAAUGAAAAUCAUAGGCUAUUUGCCUUCAUUUAAAGCAAUCCCUCACUUUAUAUCUAAUUCUAAAAUUAAAACAUCAGCUAUAACACAAAAAAAUUUCUCUCAGUCACAUAUUAAUAGGGUAGCGAAUGACAUAAUUGAAAGUGUUUUGGAGAAAAUGUACUCUGUAGUUGUGACAACAUUACAGGAAUGUAAUAAAGUAGAAGCAGAUGACAAAAAUAUCUUACCCAAGAAACCAUCAUGCAUCAGAGAAACUAAACAAGCAGGAAUAGGAAGUAAUCUCACUAGAUAUGUGCUACCACAGGUUUAUCCCUAUGCAGGCAAUCAAAAUGUUUCUGUAUCUUUUUUACAAUAUUCACCACUGCAAAUGGGUAAGGAUUUAGUCCAAGUUGUUCUCAGUAAGAUCACAAAUUUUGCCUCACUUUAUCUAGAAGAGACGCUUUCUAAAGUGAGCCCUAAGGGGAGUCCUAAGCCGAGUUUUAAAACGAAUUUAAAAGCAAGAUCGAAAGUUACUCCUUUGCCUAAAUUUAGAACAAAACCACACGUAGAAACUAGUCAUGCUAAGACCAAAAGCAAGACCAAAUUAGGUCCUGGAGAGAAGACUCCAAAAGAGAGCUCGUCCAAGACUGCCAUUGGGCUGCCACAAAUCCUGUCAAUGGGAGAUGCCAAAAACUUACUGGAAACAAAAUUACCUGCUUCAGAACUAAAAAUGUAUGCCAAGGAUAUAAUAAGUAAUAUCCUGAAAACAACUGCAAAAGAAUUUGAAAAGGUGAAGCAAGCUAGAGAAACGGUAAACGCUAAAGCUUUACCAACUGAUCAAAUCAUGGCAGCAAAUAAAAUAGUUAAUACAGUUUUGCAAGGAUUAAAUGCUACAAAUAACCACAGUUUGGCUAAUCCGAUCAAAUUCUCACAUCUGGAUGAUCCCAAACUUUCACAGGGGACUAUAGAUGCAGGGUCUCUUGCCAAACCACAAGCAUGUUUUUACUUGGAAAAUGUUUCUUCACAGUUAGAACAGAUUUUUCCUAAAGAAGGUAUAUUUAAGAAAAUGUUUGACAAAUGGCAAGCAGAAUCAAAUGGCAUGGAAAAUGAAAAAUGUAAGCUAUUGAUGAUAGCUGAAAAUGUUUUCACUGAAGUUUCAAUAAAGGCAAAAGAAUUAGAAUAUUCUCUUUCACUUUUAGAUUUGCCACAUCUUGAGGAUUGUGAAAGCAGGCUUCAUAGUUAUUUUAAAGGAGCUUCUUCUAGAGCUGAAGACACCAAAGCACAAAUUAAUAUGUUUGGAAGGGAAAUUGUUGAAAUGCUGUUUGAAAAAUUACAGCUGUGCUUUCUGUCCCAGAUGCCCACCACACACAGUAAAGAAACUCUAGAAUGUAGGAAAGAACACAUUACUACUAAAAGUAAACAUGGCUUUCCAACCAAGGACAUCCUCAGCAGUGUACCAUUAUAUAACACUAAGAUAAAAGACCAAAUUUCUUUUGACUCUAGCAACCAAAUUGUUCGAGAAAUUGUAGAAAGGGUUUUAAAUGUGUUAGAGUCAUUUGUAGACUUACAGUUUAAACAUAUCUCUAAAUACGAGUUUUCUGAAAUAGUGAAAAUGCCUAUAGAAAACCUUUUUCCUAUCCAACAGAGACUAUUAAGCAAAAAUAUCUUGCCAAAAUUACAACCACUAAAAAAAUUUUCUGAUGAAUCCAAGUCAAGUACUGUUACUUCCAAGGAAAAUGUACAGAAUACCCUUCUACAGAUUCAUUCAUUCCAUUCAGAAUUACUUACAUAUGCUGUUAACAUUGUCAGUGACAUGCUUGAUAUAAUUAAAAACAAGUUAGACAAAGAAAUAAGCCAAGCAGAGCCAUCUUCAACUAGCAUAUUGAAAGAGAACAUGGCAGCAAGUGAGAUCAUUGGAACACUGAUGGACCAGUGUACUCAUUUCAGUGAGUCUCUGAUCAAAAACCUUCCAAAGGAAAGUUUGUUCCAAGGAGUAGAAAAUACCUACAUUGUUAAUCAGGUUGAAUUAGCCACUAAUGUGAAAACACCCAUGUCAAAGUCAAAGGAAGCAAGUUUUACAAAUAAUUCUCCACAGAUCACUGUACCUGGUUUGGACUUCUAUUCAGAGGAAGAGAUGAAAAAAAAGUAUAAGUCUUCAUCAAAUUUACCUUCAUAUGCCAGAGCCCCUGUGGAAGACACAAUUAAAAGCUCAGAGCCAAUGGAAAGGUCUGCUGCAGAAAAUACACCAUCAUGCUCUAGAAACAAAGUACAAGACUAUAACCCAAGGGAAUCUGACUUUGGCUAUUUUGACCAAGCUAUGAAAGGAAACAGCUCCCUCCCUGAAGGCACUGUCUUGCAAAAACUGUUAAAGAAAGAAAAUGAAUCCACAGAAGCAGCAUUAAAGCAAGUCAUGUCAUUCAUAGAAAUGAGAAAAGGUGCAAAUCCAAGAGUAUUUCAUUAUGAGAUCCCCAAACCAGUUGUUGAGCCAAACCAAAUUCAGACAACUGUUUCUCCACUCAAAAUAUGUUUAGCUGCAGAAAAUAUUGUCAAUACUGUUCUGUCAAGCUAUGGCUUUCCAGGUCAACCACACUUUAAUGAAAGCAUGGAAACAAUGAAACCAUUUUUCAUAUCAAGGCAAAACCCUUUGUCUGUAACAUCUGGAGGACAAAAGAGUGAGGAGAAAAGUUUGCUUAGAAUGUGGGAUAAAAGAAUCAGCUAUAUACCUGAAGAAGAAUACAAACAAACUGAAGCCAGUAGAGGAUAUAUUUCUUUAUUGCAAAAGUGGGAAAGUAAGAAUUAUCCUACGUUAAAGACUCUGAAGGAAGUUGAAGUCAUUGCUUUUGCUGAUCAUGAACUGGGUCCAAAUGAAAUUCACCUGGUAGCAAGACACGUCACCACAUCUGUGGUCAUGUAUUUCAAGAACUUUGAAACUAGAGUUUCCAGGGAGGAGAAGGUGUCUAUUGUUUCCACACUGUCAAGGAAAAAAUAUGAAUCAAAACAGCCUCUAAGAAGCAUAUGCAGUGAUUCUUCCCUUUAUCAAUUUUGUGAACAUCUCACUGAGUCUGUUAUUUGCCAUUUAAUUUCAAGCAUUCCUGAUAGUACCAAAGAUAGCCAAGAAAAAGAGAAAGCAUGGGAAAGACAAAAUGCAGCAUUUAACAUGAUUAUUUCAAUUGAUUCUCAAGUGUCUGAGAGUAAGUCGAUUUCUAUUGGCGAACUUGCUUUAAGUAUUUCUGAAACCAUUACUGAAAUCCUUUUAAAUAGUAACAUCAUAAAGGCUGACACUGCACAGCAAAUGUUUUCAUUAAAAAAGAAGUACAUUUACUGCCCAGGAGUAGCUUCUGCAGAUUUUGAUGAUCUCUUUCAGGAUCUCUUAAUAGGAGUGAUUCAUAUAUUGUCCAAGGAAAUAGGGUUAAAUCAUCACAUUGAAAAUAGUGGAAGAAAUAUACCAUUCCCCAUGCUUAGAAGCAAUCAUGUGCCCAUUUGUGACCAAAAAAAUACCAUGCAAAGACAGAAAGCUUCCAGAGAACAGGAAUCAUCUAUUCACCAAAUUGAACAUCUCAUUCAAAAAAAUAAAUUAAAUUAUCUGGCAUAUAAAUUAGAUAGUCUGGCUCAUAGCCUAAAAACUCAUGAAUCCAAAGAAGUAGUCAACAAAGUUUUUAAUAUUGUUUUGGACUUAUUUUUACCAGAUGAACACUCAGGUGAGGCUAUGGAUUGUGAUAAAAAAGCAAAAACAUUUUUCUCAUCAUCAAAUGACUGGCAAAAAAAUAGUAUACUUGGAAAUAACUUAGGGCUUACCCCCAAAUCAGUUUUUCUACUCAAUAUUGUAUGUGAGAAACUUAUUAGAACACUUUUGGAAAAAUGCACAAACUCUGUCUUUCUUGAUAAUAGCCCUUUUUCUGAAGAAAUAUCAGCAGGAGAAUGUCAACUUUUCAAAAUACUUCAAAGUGUAGAAGAUGAAAAAUUUGAUUAUUGUAAGGGAGUGAUGGACUGUGAACAAUUUCAAGGAGAUUAUGUGUUGGACAUUUUGGAAAAUAUGGCAGAAAUGGAUCAAGAUUUAUUGUCAUCAGAUUCUAUGCUUACUAUUAUUUCCCAUAGAUUGGUUAAAUCACUGAUGGACAAGCUAUGUCACAGUGUACAACUCCCUCAAAGUCCACCUUUUGAAAACAAGCAUUUGAAGCAUAGAACAAGAGAAAUACAGUCUAGUUUCUUGAAAGCAAAAAGACCAGAAUUAACAGGAUUAGGACAAGGUCAAGAUUCUUUAGGACUCAUGAGUUACGGCAAUGCUUUGACAGCAUCCCUGAAUAAUCCCAGUAUAGUUAGCUCCAGAAUACAAGCACCGUUUGGCAAGAAAUACUCAGUAACUCCCUCUAAUGUGUCACCUUUUAAAAGACAGGGAAUGAAGGAUAUGGAUACAAUAGCCACCCAUAAUAAGCUUUAUCCAGGAGAUAUGAAUACAGGUGUUUAUUCAGCCACAUUUUUGGAGGAAAUAAUUUCAGAACUGUUUUUUAAUCUCUCGACUUCACUGUGGGUCAAAAAUGAAAACAUUUCUGAGGCCCAGCUCAAUGAGUUGAAUGCAUUAUUUGUCAACAGUGUGGUAAAUGAGUUCAAUAAUGCAGGAGUCACUGUUUUACGGAAUUCUGAAGAAAGGUUGUGUUUUCCACCAGUUCACAAAGACAUUGUUAGUAGGAUUGUUGACUCAGUUUAUUAUGAUGUUUUACAGCAAUAUGAAUUGAAAGUGACCUGUGGUGGUAAUCUGGCAUGUGACAGUAUUUCAACAGCAGAACAAAUAACUAACAGCAUAUUAUUAGAGAUUUUAGACUACCAACUCCCAUCUUGCUUCAGGGGGAAGCUCUCACAUACUUCAUAUUACCCUCUCAGAGCUGAAGUUAUAUUACAGAAACUUCAAAAUAACCUGAGAGAAUUUACUUCCCAAUACAGGUCUUCAACAGGCUAUAGCACCAUGUUACCACACUCAUUUGUAGAAGAUAUCAUCAGAAGACUUCUAUCUCAGCUCAUUCCUCCACCCAGUAAGGCUUCCUCUUUGGGAAAAAAAUAUUUAAUGAGUUCAGAUUUUAAUGAAAUGUCUACCUGCAUAAUAAAUAAGGUUAUAUCUGCCAUUUCAAAACAUAAAAUUUGGUUCACUAUAUAUGAUAAUCAAUUUCUAUGUACUGGAAAAAACCUCCAGAAGAUGGUGGAUUCUGUUUAUAGUAAUAUUGUGCAAACAUCUGACUCUCUUGUUUCAGUACAGAGAAGUAUAAUCAGUCGAAGCCCAAUUAUGGUUGACCGAAUUGCCAGCUUUAUUAUCCAGGAGAUUAUUGAAAAUCAUCUUCAGCCUUUUUUGUGUGGAGAAGGUUUGCCUCGUCCAAAGACUCCAUCCGAUGCAAUAUCAAAUAUGGUUAAACAGGUUCUCAGUGAAGUCAUAGAGUCACACAGACCCCAGACACCCUCACCCUUGCGUAUUUACCCUGAGACUUUUGUAAGGGAAAUUGUUGCCAGACUUUUAUCAAAGAUUUUCAGUCCAAAGUUCAACACUGAAAUUGAGUUGGGAAACAUGACCCAAAAAAUAGUAAAUUCAAUAAAUAACCAUUUUGACAAAACUGAAGUUCACCUUUUGUAUGAUGACAAAGGAAAGUCUUACCCUUCUGUGCAUACAGAUGUUGUGGAUGAACUCGUCACUUCCGUUUAUAGAAAUGUUUUAAAACAGCACGGACUAGACCCCGGGGUUGAUAAAAAGCCUGAAGUCAGUGAUGUUUUUGUGGAAAAAAUUACGAACCUAGUUGUAGCAGCUAUUUCAGAUUACCUUCUUCAUCCACUGUUCUCUGGGGACCUGUCAUCUUCUUCAUACUCUAUUUCAACAGCGGAGAAUAUCAUUCAAGACGUUCUUAGUAACAUCAGUAAAUCUACCAACCCAAGUCAGAGUUUAUCUCCGUAUAACACCUUGCUGCCAUACACGUUUUUAGAAGACAUGAUCAGAGUACUGUUAUUUAGAAUCUUUCCUUCCGCAUCCAGCAUUGUUCCAGACAGAGAAACUCCAAAAGAUAGAUCAGGAGUUAAUUUCAAUGAAAUUGCUUCAGAGAUAAUCAGUGAUAUUAGGAUGAAAGUUUCCCAACAUGAAAUUGGAUUUUCAAAAGAUGAAGAAGAAACCAAGUUUGUUUAUUCAGAAGAUGAUGUUCAGCAUCUCGUUGACUCAGUAUUCAAAAAUAUUUCACAAAGCUCUGAAUCUCAGGCAUCACUUGAGCAAAAUAUCACAAGUAGUGAUGAUGUUCUUAUCGAUAGACUAGCAGGUUUUAUCAUUAAACAUAUCUGUCAACAGCAUCUUCAGCCAUUUGUGGACAGAAAGUCAUUACCUUCAUCAUACACAUAUUUUGGCAAUGAGAGAAGGCAAUGGUCUUAUGCCAGUGUUUAUUCCUCAACUUUUUUGGAAGAUGUAGUUUCUGGGGUUUUAAGCAAAAUAUUCCACAGGGGGUUAGGCAUUGUACAAACAAAAUCAGUAAAAGAUUCAGAAAAUGAACUGUUUCAUAAAGUUGAAAAACUCACACAUUUGAUAACAGAGGAAUUCUCAAAGGCCCAAGUUAGCAUUUUAGAGAAUGCUGAGGAAAAAAUAUGUUUGCCUCCAGUGGAGAGAGAUACAGUCAAAAACAUUAUUGACAGGGUGUACAGCCAAGUUUUGCAAGAAUAUGAAAUGGAAAUAAUGCCUGAUAAAGAUUUUCUAAAUGACACAUUGGCUGCAAGGAUAACUAAAGUCAUCCUGGCUGAAACUUUUGAUUUCCAAAUUCAUCCAAAUCUUAUAGAAAAGCUUCCAUUUAGGUCACACUCCAAACUUAGUACUGAUGUUUUGAUAAAGAAAGUUCAGUGUGACAUUACUAAAUCCAGACUCCAAAGACAGGCUUCAACAAUAUAUACUACUAUGUUAUCACAUACUCAUUUGGAAAAAAUUGUCUCUCAGCUUAUAUCUCAGAUGAGUCCAUUGGCCUACAGUGCAGAACACCCAGAUAUUUCUCAAUCAGAAUUAAGUGAUACAGUCAUAAAGCUGAUAAAUGAAAUCAUGUCAAUAAUUUCAAAACAUGCAAUAUGUAUUAUUAAGCAUGGAAAUGAAAAGCAAAGUAUGAUUUCAGAAAAAGAUAUCCAGUCUAUGGUUGAUUCCAUUUAUGCUGAUCUUUCAUAUACAAAUAUAUACCAGUCUCUUACAAAAGAUAAAAAAGGUAUAAGUAAUAUGCCUGUUUCAAAAAUAGCAAGUUUUAUAAUAAAAGAAAUCUUUAACCAUCAUCUUCAGUCAUUUUUAUCUAGAGAUAAAUCUCUGCUUUCAGCUGCAGUUGAUCAGAAAUGUAAACAGAAAGCAGCAGAUCCUAAACAAAAAGAAUUGUCUUGCAUCGUGAACUCAGCUGUCUUUUUGGAGGAAGUAAUUUCUGAACUUUUAUGUAAACUCCUUUAUGCAUUCUCACAUAAUGUCUUGGCUGCUGAAAACCCAGAAGCUGUAAAAGCCAAAAUUACUGGCAUUGUUACAACAUUAGUAAAAUCAAUUGUUCUGGAGUUCAGCACAUCAGAGAUUUUAGUUGCAGAUAACUAUGAUGGUGAUAUUUUUUUUUCAGAAGGCUAUAAAGAAAUGGUUCAUAAAACAGUCAACCUAAUUUAUGAAAAAAUACUAGAUGAAUAUAAGUCUCUGAUUCAAAUAUAUAGGGCUAUACAAAGUGACACUGUUUGUUUUGGAAGAAAAAUAUAUAAUUUGCUGUUGGGAGAAAUUUAUGAUUAUCAGGUGCAGUCAUUAGUUUCAGGACAAUUAGUGUCUUCUUCAUAUUCUUCCCCUCAAGCUGAUAACAUCAUCAGAAAUGUGCUCAGUGUCAUCAUGAGGGACAGUCAUGCCUUGCCAUCAUGCAUUACUGUCCUGCCUCGUUCUCUUUUAGAAGAUAUUAUUUAUAAGCUUCUAGUGCAUAUCUUCCCUUCAACUUACAGUGAAAGUGAAAUGAAAGAGGAAGAGGUUUCACCAGAUUAUGAGUUUGUAGAUGCAGCAUCAAAACUGACUGAUGAGAUUAUCAGAGAAAUUUCUGAACAUGAGAUCUAUCUUGCCACAGCAGAAGAGAAUGCAGAAAGUAUGCAGUCAGAAGUGGUUGAGAAUUUGGUUGACUCUAUAUGCAGUAAUAUUUUGAAAAAAUCUGAAUUUCAAGCUGAAGUUGAGAAAGAUGCAGACAAAAAAGGGGGCUUAUUCCUCAGUAAAAUAGCUGGUUUCAUCAUGAAGGAAAUCAUGGAUCAUCACCUGCAGCCAUUUUUACAUGGUGAAGAAUCAUCUUUUAGUAACUUAACUAAUUAUGACCAUGUCUCUGUACUUAGUAAACCUGGUAAAGAAAAGAGACAGUCUUCUUUAUAUUCAGCUACAUUUUUGGAAGAUGUAAUUGUUGACCUUGUUCGCAAGUUUUAUUCUCUUCCAAGUACUGCUGAAGAUUCUAAGAGAACAGAAACACCAGAGCCAGACAUUGUGAGCUUGGCUAUAAAAUUUGCAAAGUCUCUGAUAGGAGAAUUUAGAAAAAGUGAAAUUAAAGUUCUACCAAAAGCUGAAGAAAUAUUUUCUUUUCCACCAAUUGAUAAAGAGACAGUUGACAAUAUAUCCAAUUUUGUGUAUGAUCAGUUCAUAGCAAAGUAUGGAUCUAAUGAUAUUCAGAAAGAUGAAAAAAAUAACAUUGUUAUAGAAAUGGUUGCUGCUUUAGCCCAGAAGGCAAUCUCUGUGUUCAAAAUUCAACCACUUUUUUCAGGAGACUGGUCUUCCACCUUCUUCUCAUUUCUAAAUCCAGAUAACAUUACCCAAAGGGUUCAACACCUUCCACAGAAAACCUCUACACCAAUAAAUAGAUGUUUAAAAGGGAACGAACUUACUUUACCAGAACACUCAUACAAACACACUUCUCUAACCUCAGACCAGAAAAAUGUGUUGGAUACUUUGGGAAUAGAUAAAGGUACAAUGAGUAAAAAUAAAAGUUUCAAAACUAAGGAGACAUCAAUGAAAAAAGGUGACAUCCAAGAUUCAGUAGUUACUUCUGUAACUAGAAUUAUGAAAAGCAAUAUGGAUAACCUGGUAUCAGGGUCAGCUGUGGGUGUGGCAAGUAAAAAGAAAGCGAAUGAAAAUAAAAUGGGAAUUUCAGUUCAAAAAUCUGAUGUAUCAGUAGUUACUUCUCUAACUACUAAUGUGAAAUGUAGAGAUAUUCUCAAAUCUGGCUCCUGUGUAACAUUUAAAAAUAAUGAAAUUGAGAAGAAGAGCAUAUCAGCUUCAAAAGAUAAGGAGAGACAAGGUAAAGAGGUACACACACAAUGUCUAGUAGCUACUAAUGAUACAGAAUGUGAAAAGAAAAUACCUGGAUCAUAUUUUGAAAUAAACCAUGAAAAGAAGAAUGAUAAAACAAGAGAAAAUCCAUUUAAAAAAGAAGACAAGCCCUUUCAGUUACCUCCUUUGACAUCCAAAGUGAGAAAUACAGGGAUCACAACAGAGAAAACUUUGAAAGUGACCCAAGAGGCAAACAAUGAGGAGAGAAAAGACACUCCAGUUCAAAUAAAUACAAAUGAGGGACAGUACUCAGAUUAUGAAAGUGUUCAAAAUGUCAUUGAAAAUAUUUAUGAAAAUAUCUUAGAAAUAUAUCAUUCUCAAGAAUCAGCAGAUUAUUCAAAACUCCAAAGUCCUCCAGGUCAUACAAAAUUGCCUGUAAUUCAAGAGGUUGGCAAGGAUGUUACACAGCCUGUUUCAAUUAUCAAAAAUCUCUCUGCCAAAGAGAAGGAAGAAACAGAGAGAGAGAGAACAAGAGAAAGAGAAAAAGAGAGGGACAAAGAGAAAGAAAGGGGGCAAAAAAGAGAAAGAGAUAAAGUGGAAGUUAAGAAGAUUAAAAAUGAGCCUAGUAAACUAGACAGUCCUCAGUACCCACCAAAAAGUAAACCUGGAAUUUUUCCUGCUAAAUUUUUAGAAGAUGUAAUCACUGAAAUGGUUAACAAAUUGAUCUUUUCUUCCUCAACAGAAACACAAACAUAUGAUACAUGUCAAAGCGUAAGUGAUGAUGAAAAUCAAGCUGAACUCUAUGACACAGCUAUGAGACUUAUUGAUUCACUGCUAAAGGAGUUUUCAGAUGCUCAAAUUAAGGUAUUUAGGCCUAAUAAAGAAAAUCAGUUUUUUCCACCUGUGUCAUCAAGUUCUAAAGAACCACCCAGGCAUAAAGAAUCAAGUAUAGGUGAAGCAUCAUCCAACAUUAAAAAAACAACUGUGGAUGAAAUGCCACAUAUGCAUAAAGUAACUGAAAAACCCUCUUCAAGUAAGAUACCUUUCCUAGAUAAAAUUUCUGCCAUUGAUGAAACAUUGGUCAGCAAAGUUGUUCAUUCCUCUGUAUGCAAUAUUUUGAAAGAAUAUACAUCUCAAGGCUCCAUUUGUAAGAAUAUAAAGAGUAAUACAGGGGAUUUAGCAAGAAGACUAACUAGUGCAGUGAUAAAUGAAAUUUUUCAACAUAAGCUUAAUUUGAUACUGUGUGAUGAAGUACCAGCCUCAUCAUGUUUGCCUCUGGAAACUAAGGAUGUUGUUAAAAAGAUCCAAAAGGUGGCUCAAAUGGCCAGCAAAGAAUGUCAAACAUCAUCGCCAUAUACCAUCAUGCUGCCUCAUGAAUUUUUAGAGAAUGUGAUUUCUGCUCUUUUAUCUAAAAUUUUCUCAACAGUAUCCAAUACCAAAGCAGAAGCAUCUGAGGGCAACUGGUCUGCAGAACUAGAUUUCCUUCAAAUGAAGUUAUUAAGUACAGUUACAGCAGAGAUCUCCAAAGACGAAGAUACGAUUAUUCAGUAUGUAGAAUCCUUACAUCCCAAUGAUGAUGAAAUUAUUCAGUUAGUGGUUCAGUCACUUUAUGAUAAUCUCUUGUCUCAGUUUGGAUCACAAGAGAUUAUACAAAAUUGUGUAGCCAGUGGAUGUAGAAUUCUUUCAGAAACUGUAGUUGACUUAAUUCUACGAGAAGUGGCUGGCAAUCAGCUGCAGAACUACUUUUCUGGAGAGCUCACCCCGUAUCAGUGUGCAGAAGUUGACAGUGUUGUUGAAAAUAUUCUUAAGGAUGUUAUCGAAACUGCUGAUGCUCCCCAGCCUCAACCAUCACAUGCUCAUAUACUGCCUUACAACAUAAUAGAAGAAAUUGCUGUAAAAUUUUUAUCAAAGCUUUUAACUAUGUUUCCAAAAGUGGAUAAGGAAAAACCCAAAUCUCUAGAAACUGAAAUGCAAAAAAUAACCUCAAAAAUAUUAAAUUCAAUGCAAGAAUUCAUCUCGAAAAGUAAGAUUAAAGUUUUACCACCAGCGAAGGACUUGCCUGCUGUACCUUUAGCUGACAACAAAACUAUUGAAACAGUAGUUAAUUCUGUUUAUACCAGUGUUUUAAAACACUCUGGCUCACACAUGUCUAUAUUUAAAGAUUUAAUGGGUAAGAGUAAUGUCCUCUCUGAUAUAAUAGGUUUCUUAAUGGUGAAAGAAAUUUCCAAUUCUGAAUUUCAACCUCAAGUGGAGGAAAAAUUGUCAAAUUCAGAAUUAGUUCUGGAAGCUGUAAAAAUUAUGGAAAAAGUGGUCAAAAUUGUUGAUGAAUUUAGGUCCCAGGAAAAAGCUUCAUCCAAGAAAGGUUCUUUGUUAGAUGCCACGUUUUUAGAGGAAGCAUUGGCUUUGUUCUUGGCUAAAAUAGUAAGGUUGCCAAGUGCCUCAAGCAAAGAUGCGAAAAACUUAUCAAAGCCUGAAUUAAAUAAAAUUGCAUCUCAACUGACAAAAUCUGUGACAGCUGAAAUUUCCAAAAGUAAUAUUAGUCUUAUUGCCGCUGAUCCUGAAGAACGCUUUUUAAAUACAAAAAGUAUAGAAAUGAUUUCUCAGGUUAUUGAUUCGAUUUACAGUAAUAUACUACAACAAUCUGGAACCCAUCAAGAACUUUAUUAUGAUAUAAAAAAUGCAAACAGAGUUUUCCCUAAAAAAGUGGCUAGUUUAAUUAUUAAUGGAGUUUCAAAUUUUCCCUUAGAUGUAUGUAGUCCACAGAAUUCAAGUGUUAGUAUCUAUGAAGAUCUAGACAUUGAUAGAAUUGUUCAAAAGGCACAAGAGCAUGCUGUUGAAAUGAUCCCUCACAUAGAUAAAGGAAAGUCAGAUAAAAAUUCAGUUGUAGAGGACUCUCCAAUUAAAAUAGUUCCAUAUGUUGGGGAUAAACCAAUCAAAAUAGAUCCAAACAUUAUCUCAGAACACUUAGCAGUAAUUUCUGUAAAGACUCAACCUCUUGAGAAACUUAAGAUGGAAUGUUUAAAAAAAACUGGACACAGCAUAGCAGAACUAAGAAGAGCAUCAAUAAGUGGAAGAAGUUACUACUCGUCGGAAAUGUCUGCUGUAGGAGAGUUAAAGAGAGAAAGACGUACCUCACUGAGUAAGACAGGACGACUAGAUAUAAAACCCUUUGAGGUUGUUUGCAGAAAUUCAUUUCAGAAUAUAAGAAAGCCUGAUAUCACCAAGGUGGAGCUUUUAAAAGAUGUUCGGAACAAAAAAGAACUUAUCAUUCGGUUAGUAGCUCAUGAUAUUGAUCAAGAAAUUUCAGGAAGUAGCAUAGAAGAGGGACUAACGUCUGACGAAGAUGAAGUUGUUUUAAAAGAGAUUGUACAAGAAGAAUACUUAGAACAAUUUGAGGAUCAAAUGAAAGAAGCCAGGAAGCCAGUAGAAAGCAAAGGUGUUUCUCCCAAACCAACACGAAGCACAAGCAGCCUGAAAAAAUUUUUUUCACUAAGCAAAUGUUGUCAGCCCACAUCCAGUGCAAAUGCUGAAAAUACUGAAGCAACUUCAAAUCAUGUAAUAGAACCUAAGGAAGUACAAGUUAAAAGAGCUGUUGCUAAGCUGGACAUGACCACCUGUUCAAGAACGUUGACUGAAGCAGAUUCUUCUUGGGAGGAAAGACCACAGAGGAAGAAAGAAGAAAAAAAAACCAUUACUGAGCCAACACAUUACUUCAUACACAGAAUUAUGAGUUCAUCUUCAUACAACCAAGAAGAUCUGAUUUCAUAUGCCGGGGAGACUGAAGAUUGUACCCCAGAUACAAAUACUCAAAUUCUGGAAGAACGUUCUCAGGAACAAAGGCCAGAGUAUUCAAACAGCGUUAAGUUUAUCAGCUUAUUUGAAGGAAACAAGAAUAUUCUUGGCAAUGCGAAUCCCUCAAAAGAAGUCAUUUCAGAAACUCCCAAGCCCAAUAUCUCCAAACAAGGAUCCAAAAUGCUGGCAAAGGUAUCUUCAGCUCUGUCAAAGGUGUUUUCUCGAACCAACACCAAUAUUUCCAAAUCUCCCUCACCACCUCACCAGGACGGACCCUGAAGCUUCCAUACCUGAUACAACUAUGCUUACUUCCCUUAGAAAAUAAAAUAUUUUUAAAGCAUAA